UGGCCCCAGCCCGAGCCACCUCCCCCGGCUUGCGGCCGCCUCCCCCCGUGCGGGAUGGACACAGCCGCGGCCGCCUCGGGGCCCCAUGGAGGAGCAGCCGCCGCCGCCGCCGGUCCGCCCGCCAGCGAGAAUGACCUUGUUGGGCAGCCCACACCCCGGAGCCCCCUCCGCGGCCGGCGCACCUGGAGGGACUUCCUCCGCGGCCACCGCGGCGGCCGUGCUCUCCUUCAGCACCGUGGCGACCGCGGCGGCCGCGGCGCUGGGGAACCAGAGCGACGGGAACGGGGGCGACAGCACUGGCGCCUCGGCUGGCGGCGGCCUCGGCGGGCCCCGGGCGGCGGGGGCGGCGGGGAGGCCGCCGCCGGGCCCCGAGGCGGCGCCGCUGCUGUCGCAUGGCGCGGCGGUGGCAGCCCAGGCGCUCGUGCUCCUGCUCAUCUUCCUGCUGUCUAGCCUGGGCAACUGCGCGGUGAUGGGGGUGAUCGUGAAACACCGGCAGCUCCGCACCGUCACCAACGCCUUCAUCCUGUCUCUGUCCCUGUCGGACCUGCUCACGGCGCUGCUCUGUCUGCCCGCCGCCUUCCUGGACCUGUUCACGCCGCCAGGGAGCUCGGUCCCCGCCGCCGCCGCCGCCCCCGCCGCGGGGCCCUGGCGCGGCUUCUGCGCCGCCAGCCGCUUCUUCAGCUCGUGCUUCGGCAUCGUGUCGACGCUCAGCGUGGCCCUCAUCUCGCUGGACCGCUACUGCGCCAUCGUGCGGCCGCCGCGGGAGAAGAUCGGUCGCCGCCGCGCGCUGCAGCUGCUGGCGGGCGCCUGGCUGGCGGCCCUGGGCUUCUCCUUGCCCUGGGAGCUGCUCCGCUCGCCCCGGGAGCCCCCGGCGGCCCAGAGCUUCCACGGCUGCCUGUACCGGACGUCCCCGGACCCCGCGCAGCUGGGCGCGGCUUACAGCGUGGGGCUGGUGGUGGCCUGCUACCUGCUGCCCUUCCUGCUCAUGUGCUUCUGCCACUACCACAUCUGCAAGACCGUGCGCCUGUCCGACGUGCGCGUGCGGCCCCUGACCACGUACGCGCGCGUGCUGCGCUUUUUCAGCGAGGUGCGCACGGCCACCACCGUGCUUAUCAUGAUCGUCUUCGUCAUCUGCUGCUGGGGGCCCUACUGCUUCCUGGUGCUGCUGGCUGCGGCCCGGCAGGCCCAGGCCGCGCAAGCCCCCUCGCUCCUCAACGUGGUGGCCGUCUGGCUGACCUGGGCCAAUGGGGCCAUCAACCCUGUCAUCUACGCCAUUCGCAACCCCAACAUUUCCAUGCUCCUGGGGCGCAACCGGGAAGAGGGCUACCGGACUAGGAACGUGGACGCUUUCCUGCCCAACCAGGGCCCCGGUCUGCAGGCCAGAAGCCGCAAUCGCCUUCGAAACCGCUACGCCAACCGGCUGGGAGCCUUCAGCAGGAUGUCCUCUUCCAACCCGUCCAGCGGGAUGGGGGGGGACGUGGCCAUGUGGGCUCGAAAAAAUCCAGUUGUGCUUUUCUGCAGGGAGGGGCCCCUAGAACCAGUGACAGAAGCGGUCAAACAGCCUAAGUCUGAAGCUGGGGACACCAGCCUCUAAGAAAGGUUGGGAUUCACAGCUUGUAAAGGCAAAUUUUCAGCUGCACCGUUUGAUGAUACGGGAUUCUGGGGGAGAAUCGUGUAUUUCAUAAAGCCAAACAUUUAAAAAAGAGACAGAGGGGGAGGCUUACCCCUUCCCCCAAACAACAUACAAGACAAUGUGCCCUUCUUCAAAAGUGCCAAGUGUAAAAAUGCAAAAAUUAAAAUAUUAAACCACACAACCAAGCAUUGUGAACUGUAAGUGCCAGA